AUAAUAAAGAUUUUAGACUGUUAUCUCUGACUCUUAUAUAUAUUAAUAGAAUUAUAGAUUUUAGAACCAGUCUCUAAAGCUUAUGAAAAUUGACCUCAAAAUCAAAUACGACUGAAUGUGCACUUUAGAGAAGAAAGGCAAAAUCUUCAUACUAACCCUAACGGGUCAAGAUGAACACAGGCUAAACCCAACUCUUAUCGAUUCAAUUCACUCAGCCAUACGCCGAGUCAGAUCAGAGGCUUCUUCUUCCUCAUCUUCCGCUCUCAUUACCACCGCCCAAGGAAAGUUCUUCUCCAAUGGCUACGACCUCGAUUGGGUUGGUUCAUCCCAAACCCGUGGUCCUCUUCUCGAUUCCAAGCUCAAAUCACUCAUCGCAGACCUUAUAUCGCUUCCCUUACCCACCAUAGCCGCCGUUUCCGGCCACGCCUCUGCUGCCGGAUUCAUACUCGCUUUAAGCCACGACUACGUUCUCAUGAGGAAAGACAGAGGAUUCCUCUACAUGAGCGAGCUCGAUAUUCGACUACCGAUCCCGACUUGGUUCGUGACUUUGAUUAAGUGCAAAGUCGGCGCGCCAGCGGCUCGGCGGCUUGUUCUUCUGACGGCGGCGAAGGUGACGGCUACGAAUGCUGUGGAAAAGGGAAUUGUUGAUUCGGCGCACGAUAGCGCGGAGUCGACGGUUGUGGCGGCGGUUGGUUUGGCGGAGAAGUUGGUGGAGAGGAAAUGGGAUGGUGACGUGUAUGCUCAGAUUAGGAUGGAACUGUUCUCUGAGGUCUUGGGUGAGAUUCGCCUAAGCAACAGUGCAUCCAGGCUAUGAUUAUUGGGCUGGGCCGCCUCUCGCAAAGGCCCAUAUCUCUAUCUAAAAUCUGUAUCUAUAAAAUUAUUAAUAAAUAUAUUAAUAAGGGUAAAUAUGUGAGAUAUUACUCAAAAUUUUAUAUGUUUAAGCUGUAUAAAUUUAAUGUUUAUUUUUAAAGUUAUAAGUAUUAAUACUUAUACGGUUAAAAAUAAAUAUUAAAUUUACGUGGCUUGUAAACAUAAUAAAAUUUUAAAUACUUAUUUUACUAUUUACCUUAUUAAUAAAAUACUAAAGUCAUCCCUACUAGUACGACUGAGUCCUCACAUUAGGGGACUUGACUUGUUGCUAUUCAGGUUUUUCUGUUUUUAUAAAUAUGUGUGUUAGUGGGUUUUGUUUAGAUAAGUUUCGUGUGCUGUUUUUUGGUGAUUAAGAAUUAGAGGUGUGCUAAUUAUAAAUCUUUAUUACAAACUCUUUAUUAA